AUGAUACGCAGCCACAACCAAUACAGCAACAACACAAAACAAAACAACAAACCACACAAUCAAAGAAACAAAAACAAACUCAAAGAAGACAACCAAACUGCCCUGAAAGGCAAGAACCGCCAUGCAAAAACAGCACCCAAACCGCAAGGACAAAAAAAUCUCCCACCGCACAAGCCCAAGAAGGCCACAACUCCCACACAAAAAAACCAGCAAAGACACAAGCAAACCACCACCAGAACCACCCCAAUAACCGCCACAAAGCCGCCCCACCCACGCGAAAACCCCACCAACCAAACGGUCCAAACAACCCAGAAAACCCAAAACACACCAAUCACGCCAUCCGGGCCCUCGAAAGCCGACAAAGAGGAGAAUGAACCGAGCGACGGCCACGAAACCAACAACGACAGCAACAACGGCAACAGCGCCAAACACAAGGUCCACAACGUCCGGAACCCGCAGCGCACAGACAAGAGACCCAACGGAGCAAAACAGCAAACACAGAACGACAAGAUCAAGCCCGACAUAGACGACACAAAAGACAAAAAACACAAAGGGCCCAACGCGACCAAUGCCAUUAGGAGCGCCACGGGCCGAGACACCAAAGACUUUGUGAUGCCAGUUCCGUUCUUCAACGUCUUGAACGGCGGCGUCCAUUCGGGCAACCCUAUGGCAUUCCAAGAGAUAAUGAUCGCGCCAGUAGCCGCCAAGUCCUUCAGCCACGCCGUACAGAUUGGUGCCGAAGUGUAUGCACACCUGAAAGCCAUCCUCAUCGAGCAUUUCGGGCGCUCGGCAGCAGGCAUCGGCGAUGAGGGUGGCUUUGCACCACCAAUCUCUCUACCACACGAAGCUCUAGAUCUUCUGAGCGACGCCAUCGAAGCCGCUGGCCACAAGGGCCGGGUCAAGAUCGGAAUCGACCCAGCGAGCACCGAGUUCUUCAACGUGGAAUCUAUGACCUACGACCUGGGUAUGAAAUGGGCCAGAUCUAACAGUUUAUCUCGACAAGAUAUGAUGGAGCUGUACCACAAGCUUCUGGACAAAUAUCCAAUUGUGCUACUGGAAGAUCCCUUCGCUCAGGACGACUGGGCAACCUGGACAGAGUUCAACAAGAACUGUCCGAUUGAGCUGGUUGGCGAUGAUUUGCUAGCAACCAAUAUCGGACGCGUCAACGAGGCAGACCAGAAGAAGGCAUGCAACAGUCUCCUUUUGAAAAUCAACCAAAUUGGCACCAUCUCAGAAGCCAUAGAAGCGGCCAAGCGAGCAUAUGCCCUCGGAUGGGCUGUCUUCGUCAGUCAUCGCAGUGGCGAAACGACGGAUGAUUUCAUUGCCGACCUCACCGUCGGUCUACGAACCGGCCAUCUCAAGAGCGGAAGCCCUUGCAGGGGUGAACGUGUGGCCAAGUACAACCGGCUGAUGGACAUUGAGGAUGACUUGAGAACCGAAGGCAGCCAGGCUAGAUAUGCUAGAGAUGCAUUUCGGCUCGCGUGGCAGAGUCUCUAG